AUGGAUGCUAAGAGAAGAGCCCAGUGCGCACUGCAGGAUCCAGAGCUGCUCUCAGGGGCACUGAUAGAUGUGGUCAAACACCUGGGCAACCUGAAGUUCAGAGUCUGGGAGAAGAUGCUGGAGAUGGUGCAGUACACCCCUGUGAUUCUGAACCCCAACACUAUGUCCCCCUGGCUCUGUCUGUCAGAUGACCUGAUUUGUGUGAGGCUCUCUGAAGUUAAACAACAGAUUCCUGAAAACCCAGAGAGGUUUUCCUGUGGCGUAAGGGUAUUGGGCUCAGAGGGGUUUACUUCAGGGAAACACAGCUGGGAGGUGGAUGUGGGGGAAAAACCUACCUGGAUUAUAGGAGUGGCGAAAGAUUCCAUCAACAGAAAUGAGGUCAAUUUAUGCAGCCCAGAGAGUGGAUUCUGGGUCCUAGGGCUGAAGAAUGGUGAUUACGGAGCAGCUGGAGUUACUAACCUCAAACUGAAGAGGAAGCCCCAGAGGAUCAGAGUGGAGCUGGACUAUGACAUGGGGGAGGUGUCCUUCUUUGACCCCAGUGACAUGUCACUCAUUUACACUUUUAAAGGCACAUUCACUGAAAAAAUAUUCCCAUAUAUCAAUCCCUGCCGAAAUGAUGAUGGCAGAAAUGCUGGGGCCCUGCAGAUCUGCCCAUUGUCUGUAAGAGUGAUGAAAUCCCAGUAAGUCUGCCAUUAAUAAUGAUGUCACCUCAGUGAGUGUAUCAUUAAUAGUGAUGUCAUCGCAGUGAGCAUAUGAUUAAUAGUGAUGUCAUCACUGUGAGUGCCACAUCUCCGUGAAGGUGCCUGUAACUGAUGUGACCUAAACUAUUAAAACCAUUGAACUGGAUUGGAUGGGGCUUUGUAGUCAACAUUUAUUCAUCUAGUAGUCUUUUCACACUUGCCCUCUUUUACAGCACCUGCUCUCCCUAGUUUCCUUGCAUGUUGCUAUUGCAGUGUUUGCUGUUCCAUAGUUUUAACUGUUCUGUGAGUCUGUGUGUUGUAUCUUGAUAAUCUUGUUUGGAUGUUUCUUGCAUACAUUUUGUGAUUUUCUGUUAUGAAUGGUUUUUAUUUCCGUUAUUUGCUGCAAACAAAUUGUCCCAGGGGGAUAAUACAAACUUGAUAUCAUU